UCUAUUGUUCAAUUUAAGAAUUGCUGUUAAGUUCAAAGAACGUCUCUGUUAAUUUGUUUCGUGUUUUCUGUCCCAUAUAUAACCCACCCGAUUCCGUGGCACUGUUAGCAGAGAGCUCAAAACUUUACCAAAUCUAAUCUUCUCCCUCUCUCUCUCUCUAACCCUUUUUCUCUGAUGGGGUUCUCAUGAAUCCGAGUAGUGUAAGUUAUGAUCACAUUUUAGGGUUUCGAAUUUCGAUUCAUCUCAUGUGACCAUGUCCACAAUGAAGAACAAUUUCAAAGACCCAGAUCACCACCUUCAUCAUCAUCAUCAUCUCUACUCCUCAUGGAGUUUCUCAAAGCUAAUGGCUUUCUUCUUCCUCUUAAUCUCCAUCUCCUACCUCUUCUACUCCCUCAGAUUCGUUAGCCACUCCUACGAUUGCGAUCACAAUCAUCACGAAGCCCUCCACAUUCCCAUCGCUCGUGAACAAAUAUCUCAGCAGGAGUCACCGCCAUUUGAAGAAACCAACGUUUCGCACAUAGUGUUCGGCAUAGGAGCCUCAGCGAAGCUCUGGAAGCAGAGAAAGGAGUACAUCAAGCUAUGGUGGAGGCCGAGGGAGAUGCGUGGCGUGGUGUGGUUGGAGCAGAAGGUGAAAACUGAUCCUUCUGAUGAGAGGUCCUUGCCCCCAUUGAGGAUCUCCAAGGACACUUCCAAAUUCAAGUAUAGGAACCCUAAGGGUCACAGGUCAGCUAUUAGGAUCUCGCGCAUAGUGUCUGAGACGCUGAGGCUUGGGAUGAAGGGUGUGAGGUGGUUUGUGAUGGGGGAUGAUGAUACCUUCUUUGUGGCUGAGAAUUUGGUCAAGGUUUUGCAGAAAUAUGAUCACAAUCAGUUUUAUUACAUUGGGAGUUCCUCCGAGAGUCACUUGCAGAACAUUUAUUUUUCUUAUAAUAUGGCUUAUGGGGGUGGUGGAUUUGCCAUUAGUUAUCCCUUGGCCGUGGCAUUGGAGAAAAUGCAGGAUAGGUGCAUUCAGAGGUAUCCUGGGUUGUAUGGCUCUGAUGAUAGGAUUCAGGCUUGUAUGGCAGAAUUAGGGGUUCCACUCACCAAGGAGAAAGGGUUUCAUCAGUUUGAUGUGUACGGGAAUCUGUUUGGGCUGCUGGCGGCCCAUCCAGUUGCGCCCCUGGUAUCCCUCCAUCACUUGGACGUGGUAGAGCCCAUAUUUCCAAACGUGAGCCGGGUGGAGGCCCUGAAGCGGCUUAACGGGCCGAUGAAGGUGGACCCGGCGGGGCUGAUGCAGCAAUCGAUCUGCUACGACAAGGAGCGUAGCUGGACCGUAUCGGUUUCGUGGGGCUACGCGGUUCAAAUAUUCCGAGGCAUCUUCUCUGCCCGGGAAAUGGAGAUGCCGGCGAGGACGUUCUUGAACUGGUACAAGCGAGCCGAUUACACCGCUUAUCCCUUCAACACGCGCCCCGUCAGCCGUAACGUUUGUCAGAAACCAUUUGUCUAUUAUUUCUCUAACGCACUGCUUCACGACAAGGCUUCUAAUGAAACUGCAACUCAAUACACCCGGCUUCAGCAGAACCCGCCUUGCAAGUGGAAAAUGGAGGACCCCACCCAGAUCAAACUCGUUGAGGUUUACAAGAAACCCGACCCGCUUUUGUGGGACAAGGCUCCUAGGAGAAAUUGCUGUAGAGUUCGACGAACAAAAAAGAAAGGAAGUCUGGUGAUUGAUGUGGGGGAGUGCAGGGAAAACGAAGUUGUUGAAUUGUAGUUUAGAGGUCCUUCACAUUGAUUGAUUAUUCUAACUCAAUCGUUUUCCAUAUGUAUUUAAUUUCCUCUUCUUUUAAUAUAUUACUAGUAUUUACUUUCGGGA